AUGACGACCAGCGUCAAUCUCGACAACGAUGCCAUUGGCCAGUCGGGCUUGGUUGAUCCCGAGAACAAAGGGCACCCAUAUCACCCCUCCAAGGGAGCCAUGGAUGCUCACGCGCGCAAGGCGUCAUUGCAGCAUCACGAUGUGAUGCUUGACGAUGAUGAGUAUGAGGGUAAACCCACAGACGAGGAGAUGCAGACUCUCCGCCGUGUCUCCGGCAAGAUUAUGUGGAGCAUGUGGACGAUUGCCUUUGUCGAGCUUUGCGAACGUUUCUCGUACUAUGGCUCGGCUGUUUUGUACACCAAUUUUGUCAACAAGCCUUUGCCAGCAGGCUCGACCACAGGCGCUCCUCUCGAUCACAACGGCCAACCUGGUGCCUUGGGUAUGGGCACCAAGGCUGCCCAGGGUAUUAGUCUCUUCAACCAGUUCUUUGCCUAUCUCAUGCCUCUUCUCGGUGCUUGGAUUGCUGAUGCCCGUAUGGGUCGUUUCUGGACCUUGCACCUUGCCAUUGGUGUUUCCACGAUUGCCCACGCCAUCUUGGUUGCUGCAUCUGCUCCGGGUGUCAUUGUCAAUAACAAAUCCUCCUUUGCUGCUUUCAUUAUUGGCUUGAUUUGUCUCUGCGUUGGUACGGGAUUUUUCAAGGCCAACGUUUCCCCGCUGCUUGCUGAGCAGAAUGAUGAUGUCCGACCCCGAAUCGAGGUUCGCAAGGGCGAGCGCGUCGUUGUUGAUCCUGCUGUCACCAAUACCAGAAUUUUCCUGUAUUUCUACCUGUGUAUCAAUAUUGGCUCGCUCGCCGGUCAGAUUGGUAUGGUCUACGUGGAGAAAUACGUCGGCUUCUGGCUUGCUUUCCUCAUCCCCACUGGCUUGUUCUUGCUGGCGCCUCUCGUUCUCUGGUCACAGAAGAAGAGCUAUAAGCUUAAGCCGCCCACUGGAUCACUGCUCUCCAAGUUCAUCAAGAUGGCAAACUUUGCUCGCAAGCGCUCUGGCUUGAGAAACUUCAGCUGGGAGGUUGCCAAGCCCUCCCGCGUCCCCAUUGAAGAGCGACCUAGUUGGAUGACCUAUGAUGAUGCCUGGGUCGAUGAAGUUCGCCGCGGUCUCAUGGCCUGCAAGGUCUUCCUCUUCCUGCCCAUCUUCUUUUUGUCUUACAACCAGAUGACGGCGAACCUGACCACCCAGGCCAGUACCAUGGAGCGACACGGUGUACCAAACGACAUCAUCCAAAACCUCAACCCCAUUUCCAUCGUCAUCAUGAUCCCCCUCAUUGAUCACCUUUUGUAUCCUGGUCUCCGCAAACUCGGCCUUGCCUUCACUCCUAUCAAGCGUAUGACGACUGGUUUCCUAAUUGCCUCUCUGUCCAUGGUAGCCUCUGCUGUUAUGCAGUACUACAUCUACGAGAUGAGCCCCUGCGGCUGGCACGCAAACACAGAGGAUUGCCCUCCCGCGCCCAUCAACGUUUGGGCCCAGAGCCUGCCUUACAUAUUGAUUGAACAUGAAGUCACUCGUCAUGACGUCAACUUGUUCAUGAGCGCCGUGUCUGCCGCCAUUGGUCAGGCUUUCGUUCCAUUGUCUGGAGACCCUCUGCUAGUCUGGAACUACACGGUUAUUGCAGUCAUUGCCGUCGUUGGUGGCAUUGUCUUCUGGCUUUGCUUCCGCCAUCUUGACUCUGAGGAAGACAAGUGGAAUAUGCUCAAGAAGUCCGAGUUUAUUGGCAAGCAACAGCCUGGUAUUGGCAAGGCGCAUGAAGCUGGGGAAGCUGCUUAA